AUGCCAACAGGACUAGCCGGUUUGGAUGCCAAAUCCAGCGGACGCUUAGGCACCAGGGCUAUGGUGUACUACAUGACGACGACGGUGAUCGCAGCCGUCCUCGGAGUGAUCCUGGUGCUGCUUAUCCAUCCCGGUAACCCCAAGCUGAAGGCUAAUCUUGGACAGGGAAAGAAGAACGACGAGGUGUCUAGUGUGGACGCUUUGUUUGAUCUCAUCCGAAAUCUUUUCCCAGAGAACUUGGUGCAGGCCUGCUUUCAGCAGAUCCAAACAGUAACCACCAAAGUACCAGUGCCCACUAACAGAACCAAAGCACCUCCGCAAUUCACAGUUAAAAGGUCGCUGCAGUUCAAGAGUGGGAUGAAUGUCCUGG